CAUUAGUAUAAAAAGACUGUGAUUGGGCGGCGCGUCCGGACAUCAUACCCCCGGCGCGCGGAGACGGAGAUUUGCGUUGGAGCCGCUAGUUUAAUCCCCGGUUGAUGAACACAGCGAAGCCUUCCCUGGAGCUACGACGAGUUUAAGGAGCUCCACUGUGGGGACAGCGAGCAUGGCAGCAAGUUCAACCAAAUACACGAGGUUAUGAAAUACGCACCGCGCGUCGGUCCGCCCGCUACGGGGCCGAACCGGACGAUGGGUACGGGGCCAGAGGACCUGCUGGUCGCCCUGCAGAUCCUCCCCGGGUUCUUCUCCAACUGCCUGUUCCUCGCGCUGUACGACUCGGUGCUGCUGCUGAAGCGCGCUGUGUCGCUGCUCCGUGCCUCCCGCUCAGCGCGGGGAGGCGGAGAGUGGCAGCGCGCGCUCACCUCGGAGGGGAUGCGCUCCAUCUGGAAGGGCUUCCUGCUGGACGCCAACAAGCAGGUCAAACUCGGCGGCGAGGCGCCCAACUCAAAGGUGGUCAACAUCCCGGGCGGUCGCCCCGGCGCCGGGGGCCCGGCCGGCGGCCCCGUGCGCGGCCCCGGGGGGGAGUGCCACCUGUUGGACUUCGAGUCGUCGGACCGCCCCCUGGUGGUGAACUUUGGCUCGGCCACCUGACCCCCCUUCAUCAGCCACCUGCCGGCCUUCCGGCGGCUGGUGGAGGACUUCAGCCCCGUGGCGGACUUCCUGCUGGUGUACAUCGACGAGGCGCACCCCUCGGACGGCUGGGCGGCGCCCGCCACGGGCCAGCGCCGCUUCAACGUGCGAAAGCACCGCGACCUGGAGGAGCGCGUGGUGGCGGCGCGCAGACUCACCGAGCACUUCGGCCUGCCGCCGCAGUGCCGGCUGGUGGCGGACAGCAUGGACAACAACGCCAACGCCGCCUACGGCGUGGCCAACGAGCGCGUCUGCAUCGUGCAGCGCCGCAAGAUCGCCUACCUGGGCGGGAAGGGACCCUUCUUUUACAACCUGAAGGACGUCCGCCAGUGGCUGGAGCAGACCUACGGCCGGCGGUAGGGUCAGGGGUCAGGGGUCAGGGGACAGGACGGUAGGGUCAGGGGUCAGGGCGGUAGGGUCAGGGGUUCAGGGCGGUAGGGUCAGGGGUCAGGGCGGUAGGGUCAGGGGUCAGGGCGGUAGGGUCAGGGGUCAGAGGUUACGUUAAGAUCAUCUAUUUUUGUACUUGAGGGGAGGCGGACUGGGCCGGUGGUGCGUACGAGCAGCAGGAUAGGGCGGAGGGAAGGCAGGAGGAGUGGAGCACCCCCCAGAAGGGGACCAACAUGACGGGUGUUCACCAGAACGCCACGCCCCCUGCCGAGGCGGUUAUUAUGGGCUGGUUGAUGCAGUGAGUGGACGGCAGGGUGCUUCGUGUGCGUCUGUGACGACUGCGCAUCCCUUAGUUACGAGCAGGAAGGCUUUGAAACCAAUGCCGCUGUUUGAAGAACACCAAAUUAAAUGAGAGAAAGAGACCAGCUUUGUGUUCAUAUCUGUAUACAUAUUUAAAUAUGAACAAACAUAAUUUAUUUUUAAAGUGUUUUUAACAAUGUUUUGUCAUUUCACAGAGGCAAAAUGUUUCUAAUGUGCAAUUCGACACCCUUUAGGUUAUUUAAGAGGUCGUGAUUAUGUGAGUCUCUUGUCAUAGUAGGACGCCAUUCCAGAUCAUCUUGGAUCCAUCCCAGGAUGCUUUAGAGGUCGUACUGUCAGCACGUUGAUGGAAUGCACGUUUGGAUGACACACUUACAUGUGACUUUGGUUUAGUUUCCACGCAAGCUUCACAACUAUCUUAAAACAACACUACAUUACAAUAAUAAACGAUAAUAACCCUACUUUUCAGUUCGGUUUAACAAAAAGUAGGUAAGAACGUCCAUGUGACAAUAACGGCCACGCAAUCGCUUCUGGGGCAGCUGAGAAAGCAACUUUAAAUUGCUGGCAAUUUCUUGUAGAAGGCAAGUGAUGGUGGUAGGGGCUGGAGUCAUAAAGGAUAAGGGAGACGAUGCAGAUGUUUCCAUAAGAGCAGAUUAUAUUUUGAGUUAAACACAGUAUAUACCCAUGACUAUUUAGUGCCGACACAGAGUCCGACCAGACACAGCAUGUUGACAGUAUUUUCCAGACUCAUGUAUUGGUCCAGUGUGUAAUAACAAUGGUGUCUGAUUAUGAUAGGUUCGGUUAUGUUUUAUGUUAUGUUCCUGAAAUGUUGUUUGGGCAUUCAUUUCGGCAUAUUUUGGCUGUAAAGAAAGUGGUUAAAGUAGCCUUCUCUGAGCACAACUGCAGCCUCAAGACUUUCUGUGAUGAUGCAUUUGCAUCUUUAAUGGACUCAAGUUUUCAAGCAAACAAAAAAAUCUAUUAUCUCUUUCAAGAACUGAUAAAUGUCAAGACGUUUUCAAAAGAUGACCGACGCAUUAGACUUGUUUCACUGUUCUGCUACGAUCCAAGGGUUGUCAUGGUAAAUUAUGGAAAUAAAUGUCUUUCUAUUUUUGGUACACCAAAUUAUUUACAUGGUUUGAAUCCUAUUAUUAUAGAUCGUCCCAAUUUGGCCUCUGCCCCUUGAACAACACUUGACCUGCAUUUGGCAGCAAACUCACAAUUAGUUUGGUGAUCUGUUUAUGUCAAGGAGCCAGAAAGUUGCACGGCACAUUUAGUCUGAAUCAUGAGAAUUAGGGGGUCGCUGAAGGGGUUCUUAAAUAAGUGGUUAGGGUCAGUCAGUCAGUGGUUAGGGUUAGUCAGUCAGUGGUUAGGGUUAGUCAGUCAUACUUUGCCUCACCAGGCGUCGCUGCUAAACCAACCGGUUGAUAUGUUUUGCUUCAACGGGACCAAAGGUGUACGAAUGAAAACCUUAGACGAAAGGGUUCCUGACCCUGUCUAAGGUUGGAGAGUAAAGCCACACCAUCGUCCUGUUGGACAGAACACUCACCGCUGUUCAUUUUGUACAAAAACAAUAUCUUCGAUUUGUAUUUUCACUUACUGAAAGCAUAACCACUUUCCUUGUUUUUUUGUAAUCUAUUGUGCUGUUUCAUUACUUUUGAGGGCAAGCUCCUGCGUUUUCUAUGUCAAAGAGAGAUUAAUGAAAAAAUGUAAUAAAGGUGAAUGUCUGAUA